UGUACAGUAGAGCUGUCAUAUUAGCUUAGCAAGCUAACGUAUUAUGUCAUGUAAAGAACAGUCGGUACCGACACAACACAGUGCUGUUAACGAAUUCAUGUAUUCACAUAUCUGCCUUUGGAGCAAGAGGAUAGAAACGUGAGAGGCGAGCACAAGAGGGGGAUGAAAUGACAACGUCAACAUUACAGAAAGCGAUUGAUCUUGUGACCAAAGCCACAGAGGAAGACAAGGCGAAGAAUUAUGAGGAGGCCUUGCGACUGUACCAGCAUGCUGUGGAAUAUUUCCUACAUGCCAUCAAAUAUGAGGCCCACAGUGACAAGGCAAAGGAGAGCAUACGAGCAAAGUGUAUGCAGUACCUGGACCGAGCGGAGAAACUCAAAGACUAUCUGAAGAAUAAAGACAAGCAGGGCAAGAAGCCCGUCAAGGAGGCUCAGAGCAAUGACAAGAGUGAUAGUGACAGCGAGGGGGAGAAUCCAGAGAAGAAGAAGCUGCAAGAGCAACUGAUGG